GAGAAAUAAGAUAAAUUCAAAUUAAAUUACUUAAGGUGUUAGUAACACAUUCGGGGAAAUCACAGCUCCAAAAGUGUGAUAUUCCACCCCGAGCGGCCAUUUUGUCUAACAUGUCAGUGUCAUCUGUGAACUCCCACUUUCAAAAGUUGCCAGAGAAUGCAUGGGCUGAAGCCUCCUUCCAAAACUUGGAGAAUACCUCCGCAAUUUCAGGGAUUCCAGAGCUCCCAAAAUAUUCAUUCUGUUGAUUCGGUUGGCUUGCUUGUUAAGAGGAGCAGCAUGGGCAUGAGAAUUCGUCAAACUGCCACUGAUUCACCAAAAGCUGAAGUGGGUGAAAUUGACACAAGGGCACCAUUUGCAUCUGUCAAGGCUGCUCUCAGCUUAUUUGGUGCAGGAGCAUCUUCACCAGAAAAACUAACUGUUAGGAGGCCAAAACCAGCUCCAAUAGAGAAUGCAUUGGCAAAGGAGACAGAGUUUCACUUGGCCCAAAAGGAGCUAAAUAAGCUCAAGGAACAACUUAGUAAUUCUGAGACAACAAGAGCACAAGCUCUUGCUGAGUUGGAUGUUGUUAAAAGAACAGUUGAAGACAUAUAUCAAAAGCUAAAUGCCAUCAAUGAAUCAAAGCAAUUUGCCUUAAAAGCAACAGAAUCUGCAAAGAGUCAAACGAAGCAACUUGAAGAGGCAAGUUCAGGUGGUAUAAGUCAGCAAGAUGCUGCCUGGAAACAAGAAUUGAACAUUUCAAGAGAAAAAUAUGCACUGGUCAUGACAGAGCUCGAUGCAGCAAAGCAAGAGCUUAGACAUAUUAAGAAGGAUCAUGAGAGAUAUAUGAAUGCUAAAUUGUGUGCCUUCAAGGAAGAAGCUCAAGCCAAGGAUUUGGAUGAACGUAACAAGGAGAGGUCUGCACAGCUCUCCAAGGAGAUUAAUGAGGCCAAAGAGUCUCUUCUGCAUGUGAAGCUUGCUAUUGAGCAAGCCCAACAAGAGGAGUCAAAAAUUAUUUCGGCGAAAGGUACUACCUGGCAAUCUCACCAUCAAGCAUUGGAAGAAACACAAAGGAAAUUGGCCUCUCAGAAGAAACGGUUUGAACCUGAACUCUAUCAGAAUUUUGAGGCAAAGCUGGCAGAGGUGACCACUGAGAUUGCAUGCGUUCAGAAGGAAAUAGAAUCUACCAAAACUUCAGGCUUUGACUCUGUUUCAACUGCAACCACUGAUUUGCUUGUUGCCAAGGAGGUGUUGCAGAAGACAGUGGAAGAAGAGAAUUCUCUUCUGAAGUUGAUAGAGUCCUUGAAGAUAGAGCUGGAAGCUGUGAAGGAGGAGCAUGCUGAGCUGAAAAAGAAGGAUGUUGAGACUGAAUCAGUCAUUGGAAGCCUUCAUCUCAAGCUUCGGAGAUGCAAAGAUGAUCUUGAGGCGGCCAUAGCAUCAGACUCAAAAACAACAUUAGCAUCAGAUGAAAUGGUGUCAUCUCUUGAAAAGCUUUCUGUGGAGUUGGAAAUUGCCCAAGGAGAGACAGAAGCAAUGAACAAGAAUGCCCAAGAGCUUAGAAAUGAAGCAGAGGCUGCCUGCAUUUCCCUUGACACAGCAGAGAAGAGGCUCAAGGUUGCCUUGAAGGAUGCAGAAGAAGCCAAAGCAGCAGAGUUAAUGGCUCUUGAUCAGAUCAAGGAUCUGUCAGAGAAGACAAAUGCUGCUAGAGCAUCAAUUUCUGAGUCUGGUACUGACAUCACAAUAUCUGCAGAGGAAUAUUCAUCUUUAAGUAGAAAGGUGGAGGAAUCUGAGAAGGUGGCUGAGAUGAAGGUGGCUGCUGCCAUUGCUCAGGUUGAGGCUGUGAGGACAAGUGAGAAUGAGGUUAUCAAAAGACUGGAGGCUGUAAAGAAGGAGAUGGAACGCAUGGAAACAGCUACAACUGAGGCACUCAAGAGAGCUGAAAUGGCUGAGGCUGCCAAGAAGGCAGUAGAGGGAGAGCUGAGGAGAUGGCGGGAGAGGGAACACAAGAGGGCUGCAGAGCCUGCACCUCGAAUCAUAACUGAGACACAAACAACCACAGAAGCAUCAUCGGCAACCCUCAAGGAUAUUCCAAUCCUGGAGAGAACUGAUGAGAACCCACAGACCAACAAAGCUCAUGUUGCCAAGAAGACACUUCUGCCAAGCCUGAGUGGCAUAUUCCACAGGAAGAAGAGUCAGGUCAAUGGUUGAAGAGCGUCAUAUACUCCCAGAGUAGCAACCUAUGUGAACUUUUAACCACGAUUACAGUAUGAUUCCCAUGUGUGACGACUUUAGGCUGCCCACUGGGUACUUUCUUUGGUUGUGUACAGUGUCUGUUUUACAUUUUUUUGUUUGAGAUUGCAUGAUUCUGCAUUCCCAUUCCUUGAAUUGAUGAGUUUGGUGGGAACUUAAAUAUGUUACUCUGUAAUUACCCUCUAUUAUUCAUCUCCAGGCAAUGCUUCAUUGUGAACAAAAUCACAUAUGAAACAGU